AUGGCUUCUGAUCAUGCUCCUGUGGUCCUCGACUCUCAACCGGUCACCCAGAAACUCCAUUAUCCGUUCAGAUUCCUGGAAGUGUGGACUGCAGAUCCGAGGUGCACAAAAGUUAUCCAAAGAGCUUGGAGUAAACAGUGUUAUGGUCAAGCGGGUAUUCGUGUUUGUGGUAAAUUGCGUAACACUAAGAAUGCUCUCAAAGUCUGGAACAGGGAUGUAUUCGGUUUUUGCGAUCAACAACUCAAGAGUUUGUAUGCUAGACUGAGUUCUCUUCAGUCUCAAGUUCAUGCGACGACUUGCGAAGAAGAAGCGGAGAUUCAACUGCGAAUUAUUGAGCUAGAACAGAGACAAGAAAGAAUAUGGAGACAGAAAUCCCGUGAGUUGUGGGUGGCUAUUGGUGACUGUAAUUCGAAGUUCUUCCAUACAACCACUUUAAUUCGAAGAAGGCGAAAUUCCAUACGCGCGAUCCUUGAUGAUGGUCAAGAUUGGAUACUGGACAGGGCUGGGAUUGGUGAGUAUUUCACGAGGAAAUUCAGAGGACUUUAUCAGAGUCAGAACCCGAGUUUCGAUCAGGACUUCGAGUCCCUCUUUCAAAGGAAGGUCUCUGAUGCAGAGAAUUUGGAUCUAUGCCGGGUCCCCACGAUUGAUGAAAUUAAAAUGGUGGUCUGGAGGCUGCAUCCUCUUAAGGCUCCUGGACCGGACGGGUUCUCCGGGAUUUUCUAUAGAAUGUAUUGGGAUACGGUGGGGAUGGAGAUUUGUGAGAUGGUGCAAGAAUUCUUUCGCUGUGGUAUGUUGCCUGAGCAGAUCAAUCGGACGUUUAUCUGCCUCAUUCCCAAGAGUGAAAACCCUUCGUCCUUUGAUCAGUUCCGCCCUAUUAGUCUUUGUAACUUCGGGUACAAGAUCAUUGCACGACUACUCACUGACAGAAUGAAACCGGUGUUGGAAAAUUUGAUAAGCCCCUUCCAAUCGGCUUUCCUGCCCGGGAGGUGGAUAGCUGAAUGUUCUGUGCUUGCAUCCGAAGCGCUCCAUGCUCUUAAAAAAAUCAGAGGUCGAAGGGGCUUCAUGGCGGUGAAAACUGAUAUGCACAAGGCUUACGACAGGAUUGAGUGGAGUUUCAACGAAAAGUUUUGUGACAUGAUUUUUCAGUGUGUGUCAACUGUCUCUUUCUCGAUACUUCUAAAUGGAGCUCCACUUAAAUCUUUUAGUCCAGGGAGAGGAUUGAGGCAGGGAGACCCUCUCUCGCCAUACCUCUUCAUUCUAUGUAGUGAAGUUUUAUCUAAGCUGCUAGUUCGAGCCGAAGCUAGAAGCCAAAUCUCAGGAAUUCGAAUCGGUAAAGAAACUCAACCCAUAACACAUUUGUUUUACGCUGAUGAUGCAAUCUUUUUCUGUCGUGCUAACUCAGAUGAGGCCGUGAAUCUGAAUGCUUGCUUUGACACUUAUGAGGCUUGGUCUGGCCAAAAGGUUAACAAAAGAAAGAGUGGGGUCGUGUUCUCGCCGAAGGUUAAACAUGAAGACAAAGGGCUCAUUCAAAGGAUCUUAGCUAUGAAAGGUCUGGAUCAUAAGGAAAAAUACUUGGGGAACCCUUUUUUCUAUUCUGCAAGAUCGAGAGAAGAUUUCAACUUCCUGAAAGAAAAGAUCAUAGCUCGCUUGGAAGGAUGGAAAGCUAAACAGCUAUCGAUUGCAGGGAGACAAACUCUCAUUACUUCGGUGCUCCAGAGCAUUCCCUGUUAUGCAAUGUCUACUUUGAAAAUACCUGUGUCUAUCUGUAAUGAAAUGGAUAGAAUCGUUGCUAGAUUUUGGUGGAAAGGCAACUUGCAACCUGAAGGUCGAUACCAUGCUCUUAAAAGUUGGGCCGAUUGUUGUCAACCCAAAAGAAAUGGAGGGCUGGGUUUUAGAAGGUUCAAAGACAUCAAUAUGGCGCUCUUGGCUAAAUUGUCCUGGUUUAUGCUUGAUGCAGAGAAUAGCAAUAGGCCUUGGGUUCAAAUAUUGAAUGCAAAAUACUGUACUGUCCAGGAUUUUUGGAGUGUUCAUGGAAAGCAAGAGGACUCGAAAGUGUGGCGUGGCAUUUUGGCUAACCGAGACCUAUGUGUUAAAAGUGCGGGCCUGUUGGUGGGAGAAGGUGACUUCGACAUCUGGACUAGACCUUGGGUACCAUAUUUUAGUCUGGAAGAGGUCUGCAAUGCAUUCACUUAUAAUGUCACCCAUGCUUUCACAAAGGUUUCAGACCUCUUCCUUCCUGGCACAAGGCAGUGGAAUGCUCAAUUAAUUUCACAAUGUUUCUCUCGUGAAGUUACUGAUGCAAUUCUGAGAAUCCGCCCACUUUGUGACAGCAGAGAUAUCGUAUUUUGGCAGGGUAACAACAGUGGUAAGUUCUCGGUUAAAAGUGCGUAUUGGUGUGCACAAAGACGGAGAUUUCAUGAGGAGAAGAGAGUGUGGAAGUGUCUCUGGAAGCAGAAACUACAUGCUAGACAGAAAAUUCUGCUAUGGAGGGUCUUAAGUGGCUGCCUUCCACUCAAAAGCAGGCUGGGUUAUGUGCUGGAAAGGGAUAAACUUUGCGAUCUGUGUGGUGAAAUACCAGAAAAUGAAGUUCAUCUGUUUAGAGACUGCCACUUUGCUCGUUGUCUUUGGUUUAGCAGUCCAUGGGGCAUCAUUAAUAGUAACCUGGGCUCUUUGAGUUUUGAAGACUGGUUCCUUUGGUUGGUUGACACGGGGAAUGGCUCCCUCAUGAUGUUUGGUGCUUGUGUAAUGGAACAUAUUUGGCAAUGCAGAAACAAGCUCCUUUUUCAGGGAGUCAAGCCGAAUCUUGCAAUGUCCAUUAGACAGUUGUGGCAGAGGUUCAACGAGUUUAAAGAUAUUUUGCUAGACGAAUGCAAGUUGACUCUGACUACCACGGUGAACACCUGCUCUGGUGUCAUCUGGGAUUUGCACGUCAGAGUGGAUGCCUCGGUCUUGGAUGGUAAGGCUGGUAUCAGUGUAGUGGAGCUGCAGGAAGACCAAAAUGAAGGAGGGGUAAUUCUGCAGUCCGAGGUAGUGGAGAAUGUGUUAGCUGCUGAGCUAAUGGCCAUCUUUAAGGCUCUCUCUUGGGCUGUGGAAAGGAAAGCUAGAUCUGUCCUGGUGGAGUCUGAUUCUCUGGUUGCUGUGAAGGCCUUAAUGGCAAAGGAGUUGCCGUUUGCUUGGGGAUCUUACCCUUUGUUCUCUGCUUGCUGUAAUUUGUUUGUUUUUUUCGAUCACUGUGUUGUGUCUCAUAUCUCUCGAGAUAUUAACUCUUUAGCUGAUGCUUGUGCUCGUUAUGCUAGAGUUUCGUGUGUGAAGUCGAGAUGUUUGGUUGGGGAGGUAGUCCCCUUUGUGGCUACUUUGUUUUGA